ACAACACUGCAGCUCAAAGAAGAAAAGAAGUGACUGAUGUUGAUCAAAAGCCAAACACAAGCCAGUCGAAUGCCGAUCUAGAUAAUGCUUCUCAAGACGAUCUUUCCUUGAGUCAAAAAGGAAGGCAGUUGCUUUGAAAAGAGAAGGAAAACUAACCGAGGCCAGGGAGGAUCUCCGACAGGCCUAUAUAAUUGAUUCAUCUUAUGUUUUCUAUUUAUCCAUCCAAUUUGUGACCACUUGACUUACCUAUAUAAUUUUUUUACCAUGGCGCUGCAUUUGAAAUUGUGCCAACCCCCUUUGAAACCUCAAAUCGUCCCAACAAAUCCACAACUUUCUCAAACCUUUAAUUCUCCUCCAAUUCCUAACAAGUGGAACAUUAAUGUUGAAGAACAAAUGUGUAGCGCACUCAUAAAACCUAGAGAUUUGAGCAGUAAAUAUCACACUAAGGUGGUUAAGCAUGAACUUAGAAGUGUUGGUGAAAAUUCACUCAAAGGUUUGUGCAUGAUUGAUGCCAUGCAGCGCCUAAAUAUUGAUUACCAUUUCCAACAAGAAAUUGAAACAUUCCUAACAACACAAUAUGUGACUAAUUCUUCUGCCUGGAAACAUGAUGAUCUUCAUGAAACUUCGCUUCACUUUAGGCUAUUAAGACAACAAGGCCACUUUCAGUCUCCAGAGGUGUUUAACAAGUUCACAAACAAGGAGGAAAAGUUCAAUCGAAAACUAAGUGAAAAUAUCAAUGGAAUGAUAAGUGAAACUAAGUGA